AAAAGAUUUUUCUUUCAGCUUUUUCCUUUUGGUUGCAUUUAGCCGUUUAACCUUUCCUCCUUUACGUUUCAGUUUUUGUAACAUUCAUUUUUUUACUCCUUGAGGUAACGAAUAGACAACAUGGAUCCUGCAGCAAAAAAGCCAAAACUAGAAAACGAGAGUGCUAAUUCAUCCUAUCACGGGAUGUUCUACCAUCUACGGCUCGGAAUGGUAAUACUGCUGCACUCGUACAAUCUUCAUCGUAAAGGAACGCUGCCCCACCUCAGCAUCACCAUGGAAGACUGUGAGGCGGGCAAGUUUGACGACAUAGUGAUCCGUUACGCGUCAUCCACCACCCCGAAAGGUACCAUUUACAUCCAGGCCAAGCAUAAACUCUCCUCGGAAAACACGAAACCACUCACGGAAGGAGAUUUCUUCACGAAAAAGGCCUCCAGCACUCCGUUCUCCAUUCCCAUGUACUUUCGAUCGUAUCUGGACCACUAUCGGCCUGCUUCCAAUGGUUCGCAUGCGUACUUACUCUGCACCAAUGCAACGAUCGAUGAUAAGAUGAUGCAAUAUUUCACCCAGCGACACUAUGAUGUGAGUGAUAUUCUAUCGUUUUGUGAUUUGAUUAACGCUACAUGCUAUUCCUUCAAGCGAGAAGGCAAGUUCACCGCACUGUUUAAAGAUCUGCGAAGAGUCAGUUUGGAAAAGCUUGGCAAACUGCUCGCGACUCACGCCAAAACUGGUGAGGAAAUCAAUUCAAACGACACACUCAUUCGUUUGUACCAUAACUUAAUUGCAAUGUCGGUGGAACGGGUCACGUCGAACGUGUUCAGAUUCAAGCGUGAGUUUUGGACAGCACAUGCUGCCACGCCCAUGGGAAGGCUUCGGAUCAUCGUUGAGCGAGAGUACGGAAAGCUGCCUCAAAAUAAGCCCAAAGAAGAAGCGAUACAGUUAACGAUUUCAAACGCCUCCAAUGAUUUCCCCAACGCCGCUGCAAACCCUGGCGCUGUGGAUCAGUUUUGCUUUGAGCAAAUCGAUCGAAUAAUCCACCAAUUUUGUGACGAGUUCCUGUUGGUGUGUGGAUCGAAAAGCGAAUCGAAUCUGCUAAGCGACGCUCACGAACUGAUGCCCAACUGGGUGCGCGAUCGAAAGGGAACAUUUGAAAAUCUGCAAACCCUGCUGCUGGAAGCACUCCGAGGGGAAGGAUCGAGCACGAUCACGCUGAAGCAGCUCAAAGAAAAGUACAUCGAAGUAAAUGCGAACGAAAGCUUCAACAUGCUGCGAGUACUGACACAAGAACACAUUCAAUCAGUGCGCAAUGAAUAUCCAUUUAUCGAAUUACAGGAAGAUCGUCUGAAAGACUCUUCGCUCUAUCGAUUUAUCGGUAAUAGCUCGUCGCUUGAUGUUCAUUGCUUUUUUACCAAACACAACGUUAAUGUCAGUUCAAUAAUUAUUGCACAAGCUUCAGCCCUCCAACAGUAUGAUUGUAUAUUUGUAAACGGUUCAUCAAGCCAAGUAAAAGGAAACAUUCGUGAGAUCCUUCGUGAUGUGAUGGAGUUCUUAUUUGAUGUUGAUCGCACAUCACGUUACAUUUUUGUGAUCUUUGGUCAAAUAGAACCAGACGAACUUAAAUUCAUCCAGGAGCUUACACAUAAAUACAAAGUGAAAUCUAUUCUAAUUCAACAACUAUUUCAUAACAAUUUAUAUGAAGAUCGUUUCUUCGUUCGUGAUCUUACUGAAGCAGCAGCGGUACAAGUGCUACAACAACAGGGUAAUUUCAACAUAUUUGGAACAACAAUUGCUUUAAAUAAGGUCGUUGGGAAAGAUGAUACACUAGGCUUUUUGUGUGAUGUUUUGGAAAGAUGUAACCAAAACUUGAAAUCGAAGACUGAAUACUGCAACAGGAAGUGCUACGAAAGUAUCAGCAGAUGGUAUAUUCCACGCACCAUGAUACCAUACAAAAAGUAUAAAGGAUCAUCCCGGACUUACCAAGACCUGUUCUAUGUAACGCCAAAAAUCGCAGGUACCGUUAUACCUUUUCAAAACCUAGAAUUCAUGCAGCCUAACUCACCAUCAAUAAUUAAAUCCUACAUAACAUCUCAAGAUGGUUUCAAACACAUUGCCAAUGCGAUGGAGCAAGAUGAGUACACGAAAGUUUGCCUCAUCCUAGAUGAGGCCGGGGUUGGAAAGUCCACCUUUUUUAUUGCAUUAGCAUUUCACCUAUCGAACGAUAAUCCGGCAGCGUUUGUCAUACGCAUGAUCGCAUUGAAUUAUAGCACCGAUUUUGCACGUCUGAAGACGAUCGAUCCGACUACGAUGGAUGACACAACGAUCGUUAGGAUCUUCUUUCGGCUCUUCUAUUUAACAUUGUUCGUGGCAAAUGUAAACAGUCGAUCGAUAAAACAGAACGAUCUGAUUCGAGAGCAAGCUGAUCAAAUCGCAGGACAUUUUACGAUCUGGAAUGGUCAAGUUACACUCGAUGCGGACAACACACGACAGGAGCAGCAGAUGACGGUAGAACAGAGGCUAGUGCUGCGGUUGUUUGCAGAGAAAUUUAACCAAAGACAAUUUCUCCUUUUGCUGGAUGGUUUUGAUGAAAUUGCUCCCCACUAUAAAACCUUUGUAAUGCAGUACUUCGCAAGGCUGGCAAGUCUGGCAGGCAUUCGUAGACUGUACCUUUCCUCCAGACCGUACGACUUUGUUGAUGAAAUGAAGCACACAUUCAUAGCUUGCAAACUGUUCCACCUGGAAGAGUUCACCGUGCGCGAUCGAAUAUGCUUCUUGCACAACUUCUUCAUGGCGGAAAUGGUUGAGUUUAGCGAAUGCAACGAGCGUGAUCGCUUACUCCUGUUGGCGGUAUUGGACAUGCAGGUGGUGCAUAAAAUGAGGGAUGCCAUAUCAAUACCCCUCUUUUUGUACAUGGGCUCGAUAACGCUGGCUCUGCUGGUUCGAAAAUGUGUAAAUUUUUCCGAUGAAACCCUGUCGCUGGAAAUAUUUGAUCGAUGGAACUUCAGUAUGUUACAAAUGAUCCAAAAUUUUGUAGAAAGAAAGCUUAAAAUUCUGGACAUCGAUAAGACAGGCGCCACGGACGCGGUCUCGUUCAACGCAGCACAGAUUCAGAUCACCGACGAAGUAAAUUACACGCUGUUGCAGCGGCAUUUUCUGCUAGCCGUGUGGGUUAUGUUCGAUAAAGCGAUUCGAGCUCAGCUGCUAUCCGGCCAUGAGCUGCAGGAAGCCAGCCAGUACAUAGAAUACCUUGCGGAAGCGAAAGAAAAGGCAGGCAUCAUUAUGGGCGUGCAGGAUGACGUUCCCAUGUUCAAGCAUCGCAUGUUUGCCGAAUACUUUGCUGCUUGUUGGCUGCGCCAAAACAGAGAUCGCGUAAAGCAGCUCAGCUACUUUCGAUCCCGAUCGUACUGGAUUAAGGAAACGUUUCAAAUACGAGACUUUUUCGACCGGCUGGUGCUAGAGGAAAGUCCAGGCUGUGAGUUACACAUGGCUGUAAUCAACCGUUGGGAAGGGCAGAUUACUCAAAUACUUGCCAAAAACCCUUCUGCUAUGAUGGCGAAAGAUGCUUUAGGCCGAAUACCGUUACAUUUAGCCGCAACUCGCGCUCUUUCUCUUUACACGAUCGGGAAAAGUUCAAUAAAUUUCAAUGAAUUUAUCAACGUAAAAGACGACCUCUAUCAAUGGCGUGCCAUAGAUUAUGCGUUGAUCAGUGAAAGUGAUUGGCUAUAUUUUAUGGAAAAAAAUGCAACCAUCCAUAUUGAUACCUUGCUACAGCAAAUAUCAUUUAACACCCUCGACCGAGUAUUGCACGAUCUGUGCUUUUAUAAAAAUAAACUUGUAUUUCAAGAAAAGCAAGAGAUUGCCGAUCAGCUAGUUCUUGCUGUGGUGACGUAUCUUCUCAACGAAAAACAGCUCGACAUCUACACACGCCAGCCAGAGCUAAACGACCAAUCUGUGAUAGAAUUUUGCACCAGGCAUAAUAUGGUCGAUGCGUUAAAACAAUUCGAAUCACACACGAACAAUCGCAAACAGCUUCCGUCGGAAGAGUACGAUCGAUUGUUUAAUAUUGCAGUAGAGCAUAAUGCUUGUGAUGUUACUGAUUACUACAUCACCGAGUGCAACGCCGUUUUUCCAGGUACGGUUCGGGCCAAAGAGAAACUGAUUUUCUUCGUGAAAUAUUAUAUUGAAAACGACAAACUCAGCUCAUGCAAAGUGUUCUUUCAACUGUUAUGCUCACAACUCGAUAUACCCAGGUGCCCACUCGAAGACAGCGUAAUGGAGGAAGAAGAUACGCUCGAUCAACCCAAAUACAACAAAGUACCAGAACAGUUCGAUACAGAUUUUGACAAUACGUGUUGCGCACAUAUAUCAGAGGCGGCAGAUUUGUCACUGCCUGAGUAUAAUGAGGAUGAUAGCACGCACGAAGGAUACGUAAUCGAAACACUUCUUGCCCGAGCAGUGUAUGCGGGAAACGUGCGCAUGGUUCGAGAGAUUGUACAAAAGACGCAGACGACCAUUAACAACAGGCUUAUUUUGACGAUCAUGAGAUUGCUGCCUUUCGGCGGCGGGCGGACUCUAACACAUGAGAGAUCGGUUCCAGGCUUCCGCUAUCUGCUGGACCAUUCGGCCGACCUGUACAGUAUCGAUGAGCAAGGUCGCAAUCUGCUGCAUAUCACCGCCCAGUAUGGCUGUAUCUAUAUGGUUCAGUGUUUGCUGCUCAAAGGAUUUGAUUUGAGAGAGAGAAAUGCUGUGAACGGGUGGGACGCAUUAAAUUAUGCUGCAGUUUGCAGUGCAUUCCGCGCAGAGCUUAUUGCCCCGCUCCUUACAAAUCAAAGCGAUCAGGCGCAACCUGGUAGCUCGAAAUCAUGAUCAAUUUGUGCCGAAUGAGAACAUUUUGUUGGGUGUUUUUAUGCUGCUCCUAUGAAAAAGAGAGAAAUUCAUUGUUUCGUUGAAAAUUAUACGACUACACGUUUAAAUUGUAAUGUUUUGUAUAAAAAUGAAAGCAAAAAAUUAAUAAAUGUGUAAAGAAUGUAUGAACAUGUGUACGCAUAUUUGUUAUUUAUUAAAAUCAUUAUGAUAUAAAUUAUAAUGUGAAAAUGUUGAUUGACCCCAAAAGUCUCUGCGCCUGCCUUUUUACAUGAGUCUUCAUGGGAUCUUAUACGU